AUUGUACUACAGGCAGGUGGCUCAGACGCUGUCACGAUCAGGGGUCAGGCUCGAAGACCAGAGGUGAGCAAGCGGAGGUCCAGUAGCGUAUUAAGCAAGUAUGGAUCAAACGGAAGCGUGGUCAGUAAACAAGCCAAGGUUGGUACUGAGCAGUUGCAGGUUGGGAUCAGGCAGAAGCGUAGUCGAGAACAAGCCAAGGUCAGUAAUGAGCAGUCGCAGGUUGGGAUCAGUCAGAAAUGUAGUUGAGAAUAAGCUAAGGGUCAAUAACGAGUGAUAGCAAAAUAUGGAUGAUAGCAGAGAAGGCAGGGAGCAAGAUACUGGCUGAAGAGUACAAUAAUCUGGCAAACAGGAAGUGCAGAGACAUGGCUUAUAUCAGGAAGUUCAUGGGAGGAGCAAGGGGUUCAAGGUUCAUGACAAACAAGGUCAAGGCAGGAUCAUCCAAAUGAUUGUCAAGGGAGCUGUCCAG